CUUUAGUGGUCAAAUCGGACGCUAUAAAAGGGGAGACCCGGUUGUGGCUUGCAGGGACCCGGUCUGAACUGGUCAUAGACUGAUACUGUCGGCAAAGAAUGGAACGGACGCUGUUGGCUCUACUUCUGGUCAUUGUUGCCUUCGCCAUUGUUGCUGAGGGCUUCAACAAAUAUCAGCCCCAGUACUGUCCGUACGGACAAUGGCCGAGGGGAUAUUGCUAUAGCAGCUGGGACUGUUACUAUGGCUCCUACUGUUUCCGUGGUUACGGCUAUGGAUAUGGUUCCGGUGUGUGCUGCCCCACCGGUAAAGGAGGUGGAUACUACUGAAAACGCAACCAGCAUGACCUGCAAUGAAGACUGUAAAAGAUGACUGUAAAAGAUGACGAACCAAUAAAAUUAUCAAACAAGAA